AUAUUGAAGCAAGUGGAUAAGCAAGAGAAGCAAAAAGGUUAAACCCCAAACAAAACCCUUCUUCUCCUGAUUCCUGAAAGCCAAGGACGCACGAAUCCAUCAAUGGCGAGGCUUAAGACGGGCAUUGACUCGGCGUUCUGGGACCUGAACGUUGCCUCCCCUCAGUGCCACGACGGUUGGGCCAAGGCCGUUCCCGGCGGCCCAUUUCCGGUGGACGGCUCCGUCGGAAGCAGACUCCUCCGCCCUCAGCAAUUCUCAUUCCUCGGAAACGGCAUAACCCUUCCCGCCAUGCCCUCUCUCUCUCUCACUUCGCCCAAGGAUUUGGGUUCCCUCGCUUUUCAGUCCCUCCUCCUCAAACUCGCUUCCCCUCGCUGGUGGCUUGCAAUGACUGGACAGUUCCGUCCCAGGAAAUUGAUUACCGAUGUUAAAAAUGAGAUCUCUAAUGCUGAAGAUUUCGAUCUCUCCACAGUCAAGGAUGUUGCGAAGCAUUUCAUUAACAAGUCACUUUUUUCUUUUGGGUUAACCUCACAGUUUGCUUUUCCUCCUUCAACAUCCGUGCUGUUUGCUAUAGAGGGACAUGGUGAGAAAGAAAGACUGCGACGCAAAGUGAUGGUUUUUCACAAGCUUCCUGAUCAUGAUCUUACAUUUGAGGCAGCAUGGCCUCAGCUGUUUAUUGACCACAAGGGAAAAUAUUGGGAUGUCCCUGAAUCUUUAUCUGUUGAUUUGUCGUCCCUUGUGUCUGAAUCUGGAUUGCGAUACCGCUUUGGGAUACAUAAAAAUGGUGGUAUUCCCAAGGCAAUGCAUGCAACUGACGGCAACCCGCCACUUUCUUUAUUGCCUGGCCUUUGUGCAAAGGCUGCCUUUAGUUAUGAGAAAACCAAAUACUUCUGGAGAGAUAAGGGUGAUGUGGAAAAAGAUAAUGAAGAGGCGUUUCCAUACGAUGAGCGUCUUAAGGAACCUCACGCAGCAGUAUCUGGAAUGUUUGGUAGCUCCUUUGCUUCCUGGGUUUGGAAUGGGAGGAGCUUUUCCAGCAUUAAUUCAAGAGAAGAUCUAGAGGUGUCAACAAGCAAGAGAUCUCGAAUUAAUGCUGAUUUGUUUGGCUCAGUUUGCUACACCUUUCAGCAUGGAAAGUUCACAAAACAAUUCGGGGACUUAACCAGGGUAGAUGCUCGUCUGGAUAUAUCUUCAGCUUCAGCAUUUGCGAAGAAGAUUCUGAAUUGUUCCAGGAGUUCAACUGCUGAUGUUAGCGAACAACCAUCAGCCUCACCUCGGCUAAAUUUAAUCUUUCAACAGCAGUUUUCUACUUGUAGGUUGCUGGGCCAGUUGUUUUUCGAGCAGAUUCUCGAAUUUCACUCGAGUCGUUCGCCAGGAAAAAUGGCCUGCCAGUAGAGGAUUUCAUUUGCAGCCUGAGUUACUCCUUGAAAUCUCUUCAGUCUGGAAAGGUUGUUGCUUGGUAUUCUCCAAAAAGACAAGAGGGAAUGGUUGAGUUGCGCAUGUAUGAGUUUUAGUAGAGAAUGCAACCCUCACUUAUUUGUAACUCAUUCAUGCUUAGACCUUUCAAUGCAAGAAGCCCCACGUGCUUGCUUUGAAAGAUGCAUUUAUUUAACAUUUGAUCAGCUGAAACUCGACAUCAUUGAUUUUGUAAUGCCAAAAGGAUUAGUUAGUUGCUCCUUUGAUUUUGGUGUUUUAUUCAUCUUUAGCAUCAGUGAAGUGCUUACUCUUGGCAGGACAAGCCAAGACUAGCAAAGCCAAGUACAUUUGA